UCUCUCUCUCUCUGUAUUUGGGAUUCCAUUCCUUGAAUCUGCGUGUUUUUUUUUUUUUUUUUUAAAUCCAAAUCUGCUGCCGCGACAAUGUCAUUCUCGGAUUCCGAUUCGUCCUCUCAUGGCGGAGCCACAGAGUACAAAGGCUUCCGCCAAAUUAGCCGUGAUCGUUUGUUGAAUGAAAUGCUUGGAUCAACUAGAACUGGGGAUUCAAAGUCAACAUGGAAGGUACUCAUCAUGGAUAAAGUUACGGUGAAAGUCAUGUCUCACUCAUGUAAAAUGGCUGACAUCACAGACCAAGGAGUUUCAUUGGUCGAAGACCUUUUCCGGAGAAGGCAACCACUGCCAUCCAUGGAUGCUAUUUAUUUCAUCCAGCCGUCAAAAGAAAAUGUUGUUAUGUUUUUGUCUGACAUGUCUGGAAGGGAGCCUUUAUACAAGAAGGCAUUUGUAUUUUUCAGUUCACCAGUCCCAAUGGAAUUUGUAAAUCACAUCAAGAGUGAUACAAGUGUCUUACCUCGCAUACGUGCACUGAGAGAGAUGAAUUUGGAGUACUUUCCCAUAGAUAAUCAGGCUUUUGUCACUGAUCAUGAAAGAGCAUUGGAGGAACUUUUCGGUGAUAUUGAUAACCCUCGAAAGUUUGAUGCUUGUUUGAAUACGAUGGCAACUCGAAUUUCUACAGUUUUUGCUUCAUUGAAGGAGCUGCCAUUUGUACGAUAUCGAGCUGCCAAGACACCUGAUGACUCUACAGCAGCAGCAUUUCGUGAUUUAGUUCCUACAAAGCUUGCUACUGCAGUUUGGAACUGUAUUUUGAAGUAUAAAACUUCCAUUCCCAACUUUCCACAGACUGAAACAUGCGAGCUGCUAAUCUUGGAUAGAUCAGUUGAUCAGAUUGCUCCUGUCAUACAUGAAUGGACUUAUGAUGCUAUGUGUCAUGAUUUAUUGGAUAUGGAUGGAAAUAAAUAUGCAUAUGAGGUUCCCAGCAAAAAAGAUGGUCAAACUGAAAGAAAAGAGGUCCUUUUGGAGGACCAUGAUCCAGUCUGGCUUGAGCUUCGCCAUGCACACAUAGCAGAUGCUAGUGAACGUUUGUAUGAGAAGAUGAGCAACUUCGUAUCGAAGAACAAAGCUGCACAAAUCCAACAGAGUGGAAGAGAUGGAGGCGAAAUAUCUACACGAGACUUGCAAAAAAUGGUUCAAGCUUUGCCACAGUACGCUGAACAAGUUGAGAAGAUUUCUCUCCAUGUGGAGAUUGCUGGAAAAGUUAACAGAGUUAUCAGAGAAAUGGGACUGCGAGAACUUGGGCAGCUGGAACAGGAUCUAGUUUUUGGAGAUGCAGGAGCCAAGGAUGUUAUCAAUUUUCUGAGGACAAAACAGGAUGCAACUCCUGAAAAUAAGUUGCGUUUGUUGAUGAUUUAUGCAUCUGUCUAUCCUGAGAAGUUUGAGGGUGAUAAAGCUUCAAAGCUAAUGCAGUUGGCUAGAUUACCACGUGAGGACAUGACGGUGAUAAAUAAUAUGCGAUUGCUUGGGGGAUCAUCAGAUGAUAAAAAGAAAACUGGUAGCUUCUCACUCCAGUUCAAUGCUCAGAAGACAAAGCAGGCAGUGAGAAAGGAUCGCUCUGGUGAGGAAGAGACAUGGCAGUUAUCACGAUUUUAUCCCAUGCUAGAGGAGCUUAUUGAAGAUCUUGGCAAAGGUGAGUUACCAAAGAAUGAAUACUCAUGUAUGAAUGUACCGAGUCCACUUGAGAGAGGAGGCUCCCGGAGAUCUACCCCGAGUGCACCAAUGCAGCCAAGUCAAAUUUCUGCCCAUUCAAUGAGAUCAAGACGGACUACGAAUUGGGCACGACCUCGAAAUUCUGAUGAUGGAUACUCAAGUGACUCAAGUUUAAGGAUUGCAUCUAACGAAUUCAAGAAGAUGGGCCAACGAAUUUUUGUAUUUAUCAUUGGUGGGGCUACUAGAUCUGAGCUACGAGUUUGUCACAAGCUCACAACAAAACUCAGAAGGGAAGUAGUCCUGGGUUCUUCUAGUAUUGAUGACCCGCUUCUAUAUAUCACGAAACUAAAGCUGGUGUCAGAAAGAGAACUCUCAGUGGAUAAUCUCAAGAUCCAAAGUUGGAUGCCAUAGGAUUUUGUGAAAUAUGCUUUUGCUCAAAGCCAGCAGAAUUAAGGCCUGACUUGUAAAGAAAAAUACAACCAGUUCGGUGAUGCUUGUGCUUUUCGUCAAACUGUGCAGUCUUCUCGUGAUGUAAAAAAGAGUUGUUGGAAGAGUAUUUUGUUCCCCAAUUUUUUAAGGGGCAUUAGAUUCUGAUGGGGAUCCCAUUAUGUUUGACGGAGCAUUGAGAGAAUUUCAUUGUGUUUCAGUCGGCAUUUGAAGUCACUUUUCUUACAUCUGUAUUAUACUUUAUUUUAUAUAUAGAGAACCACUUGUU